CCCGGUUAAAGUGAGGCCAGCAGCGUUCACUGAUGUGUGGAAGUUGUUGAAGACGGCUGGGUUGUCGCAUCGUAGGUGAACAUUUCAGGUGCUGGAGCAACGAUGUCUUCGGUUCUGUAUCUGAGGGAGUUGAUCAGCGAGAGACUGACUGCUGCCGCGGAGGAAAUUUUCACGGAGUUUGAAAAGAUAGUCGUUCAGUACGAAGAGGAGAUCGACCGCCAGCGCAGACUGCUGGACGUCAGCUGGAAGCCCGACAUCAAGAUACGCACAGUAGAUCUCCCACAUCAGCAUGUCUCCACUGAAGAAAGGGUUCUCCCUGACCAACAACGCUGUAACCAGGAGAGGAACUCCGAUCUGGACCAGGAGGACCUCGAGCCUCCACUGAUUAAAGAGGAACAGGAAGAUCUCUGCACCAGUCAGGAGGGAGAACCGAUUAUACUGAAGGAGGAGAGUGAUGUCUUUAUGGUGACUCCUACUUACGUGGACAGUGACCACAGUGAACCAGAACCAAACAGUGUCCAGCUCCUCUCUCACUACUCUCCUUUAGCUGAGAGCCCAGAUCAGGAAGGAAGCAAGCUUGCAGACUCAGGAUCAAGUGGAAAUGCAGAGCUGAAGCUGAAGUCUGUACAAUGUGAUGUUUGUGGAAAAUGCUUUAAGUAUAAAUACCAAAUGGAGAGACAUCACAAUAUUCACACAGGUGAGAAGCCGUAUGCUUGCAACUAUUGUGGGAAAAGAUUCUAUCAGAUUCAUUUCAUGAAAUAUCAUGAAAGAAUACACACAGGUGAAGGGUCCUAUUCUUGCAAAACAUGUGGGAAAAGUUUCAGUUUUAGCUCUCAGCUGAAACUCCACAUGCGAAUCCACACAGGUGAGAAGCCGUAUUGUUGUUCAACAUGUGGGAAGAGUUUCAGCUUUAGCUCUCAGCUGAAAGCCCACAUGAGAAUCCACACAGGCGAGAGGCCGUACUCUUGUGAAAGAUGUGGGAAAAGGUUCAGAUUUAGUGAUAAAUUGUUGGUCCACAUGAGAAUCCACACGGGUGAGAGGCCUUUUCCCUGCGACACCUGUGGGGAAAGAUUUAUAGACUCAUCAGCACUAAGAAAUCACCUAAGAACGCACAAAGGUGAUAAGUUGUCGUCCCAAAAGGUCAGUGGGAGUCAAGCUUGAAAAUAACCUGUAAGAAUCUGUUCAGGUUCACAGUAGAACUUUCGGAUUUAAAGCGCCUUUAAACUGUGCUUCAACAAUGAUCCUGUGAGUUUAUUGCAUGUCCAUCUGUGUCGAACUGCACGAUCGAUUUGAGGGCUGUCAAACUGUUCAGUGGAUUUGUGGUGAAUCUUCCCAAAGAGCAUUACAGUUUUACUUUUAACAAUAUUCCAUUGUUGGGGGAAAAAAAAGCAUUUUGAAAAAUGUCAUGUUAAAAGUCUUUACUUAAGUGAACAGAUGUAAAGUUUUACAAGAAAAAAGUAUGAAGCUGUCAUGGGUUCAGUGAGUUAAGCUGUGGGCAGCAACGUAAGCUCUGUUUUUUAUGCCUGUAUUUGUUUACAUUGUGCAAAAUGAAGGUCAUUGAAUUGGUUCUUGCAGUUUUGCUGUUUAUCGUUGGAUGUACCAAAAAUUCUCACUAACUUUGAUACUGAAGAAAUGUUAGAAACCUCAAGAUUUUCAGGCUACUUUUGAACUGUUCCAACUGCUGCACCAUUAGUGUAUUGUUCAUUAUCUCUCUAAUUCUGAGGUGGUUUUCUUAUAAUUACUAGUUUUGUACACUGUCUGUCCAAAAAAAACCAGUCACCACCUGGAUUUAACUGAGCAAAUAAGUAAGAGCCUCCAUUGGAUAAUUACUGCAGUGAUGAAUAUGUUUCAGCUGCAACAACUUAUUUAACUCUAGCUGAUGCAAUGAGUAGCUUCUCAUUUCUUAAACAAUCAUGUUGGAAGACACAUCCUGUGGUUGUAGAAAGGAUGUUAAUCUGCUUCAGAAGGGUCAAAUUAUUGGUCUGGAUCAAACAAAACAACUAAGGAGACUGCUGAAACUACUAAAAUCGGGUUAAGAAUCAUCCAACGCAUCAUUAAAACCUGAAGGAUAGUGGAGAACCAUCAUCUUUGAGGAACAAAUUUGGUCGGAACAAACUCUUAGACGAUCGUAGGAAAUCAACAGUAGAAUUCGCGGCUAUGUUUAAUAGUGAAAAUAAAAGCAUUUCCACAGGCACAAUGUGAAGGGAACUCAAGCGAUUGUGACUAAACAGCUGUAGCUCUAAGAAAACCACUGAGCAGUGAGGCUAAUCAGGAAGAAAUAGGCUUCAGUUUGCUAGGUAGCAUAAAGAUUGGGCUCUGGAGCAAUGGAAGAAGGUCAUGUGGUCUGAUGAGUCCAGAUUUACCCUGUUCCAAAGUGAUGGGGGCAUCAGGGUAAGAAGAGAGGCAGAUGAAGUGAUGCCCUCAUCAUGGCCAGUUUCUACCAGCCUGUGGGGGUUAGAGUUAUGAUCUGGGGUUGGUCAGGUUCAGCAACAUUAUGUUCCCAAAGAAUGAGGUCAGCUGACUACCUGAAGAUACUGAAUGAUCGGGUCUUUCCAUCAGUAGAGUUUUUCUUCCCUGAUGGCAUGAACAUGUUCCAGGAUGACGAUGCCAGGAUUCAUGGGGUCACACUGUGAAUGAGCAUGAGACAUCACAUAUAGAUUGGCCGCUACAGAGUCCAGACCUCAGCCCCAUUAAGAGUCUUUGGGAUGUGCUGGAGAAGACUUUGUCCGACUCUCCCAUCAUUAAUACAAGAUCUUGGCAGAAAAUGUAUGCAACUCUGGACAGAAAUAAAUGUUGUGACAUUGCAGAAGCUUAUCGAAACGAUGCUACAGCGACCAUGUGUCGUUCUCAGAGCUAAAGGUGAUCCAAUGAAAUAUUAGAGUGUGCGACUUUUUUUUGGAUGGGCAGUGUAUCUCGUACUUAAGAGGUCUUUACUGUAAUUAUGAGGAAGACUCAUAUUUACAAAGUAAAGUCUCCAAACUUUGUUUUUCUUCUGUGAAUGCAAUGUGUCUUGUGAAUGUAAACUUGAUUUGAAAACUUAAAGGGUGUCAUUUAUUAACAUAUUUGCUAUGUACCAAUAAUCAGUUGCUUCUGUAGUCACCCAUUUUAGUAGCUCAAAUAUUUUUUAUCUUAUGUUAAAGGUGCUACAUAAAUAAAGUUUCUUUACUCAAAGAAA